AUUUGGCAACAGACUCUGACCCCUGCAACACUGAUUCACAGACAGACUCUCACCCCUGCAACACUGAUUCACUGACAGACUCUGACCACUGUAACACUGAUUCACUGACAGACUCUGACCCCUGUAACACUGAUUCACAGACAGACUCUCACCCCUGCAACACUGAUUCACUGACAGACUCUGACCCCUGUAACACUGAUUCACUGACAGACUCUGACCCCUGUAACACUGAUUCACUGACAGACUCUGACCCCUGUAACACUGAUUCACUGACAGACUCUGACCCCUGUAACACUGAUUCACUGACAGACUCUGACCACUGCAACACUGAUUCACUGACAGACUCUGACCACAGCAACACUAAUUCACUGACAGACUCUGACCCCUGCAACACUGAUUCACAGACAGACUCUCACCCCUACAACACUGAUUCACUGACAGACUCUGACCCCUGCAACACUGAUUCACUGACAGACUCUCACCCCUGCAACACUGAUUCACUGAUAGACUCUGACCCCUGCAACACUGAUUCACAGACAGACUCUGACCCCUGUAACACUGAUUCACUGACAGACUCUGACUCCUGCAACACUGAUUCACAGACAGACUCUGACCCCUGUAACACUGAUUCACUGAUAGACUCUGACCCCUGCAACACUGAUUCACAGACAGACUCUGACCCCUGCAACACUGAUUCACAGACAGACUCUGACCCCUGCAACACUGAUUCACUGACAGACUCUGACCCCUGCAACACUGAUUCACUGACAGACUCUGACCCCUGUAACACUGAUUCACUGACAGACUCUGACCCCUGCAACACUGAUUCACUGACAGACUCUGACCCCUGUAACACUGAUUCACUGACAGACACUGACCCCUGCAACACUGAUUCACUGACAGACUCUGACUCCU